AUGACCACUACAGCCUGUUCUGACCUCACUGCUGAGCUGCACAACAAACCAAGCACCAGAGAUCAGUUCAGCAGUGAAGAAGUGACAGAGGACGACAACUCUGCUGGAUGGACGCUGAGGAGGAACACAACCAGAGGAACCAGGACUCAGUGUGGAGCUGACUGGGGAAGAUCAGCUGGUUCUUCCUGUAACAUCAGCUACAUCCUCCCAGGGCACAGUGGAGUUUACUGGUGUGAGUCCAGAGAGGGAGCAACCAGUAACACCAUCAACAUCACUGUCACUGGUGGACCAGUGAUCCUGCAGAGUCCUGUCCUCCCUGUGAUGGAGGGACAUGAUGUCACUCUGCACUGUAAAACAGAGACCCCUCCCUCCAACCUCCCAGCUGGUUUCUAUAAAGAUGGCUCCCUCAUCAGGACUGAGCCUACAGGUCACAUGACCAUCCACCAUGUUAACAAGUCUGAUGAAGGCCUCUACAAGUGUAACAUCAGAGGUCGUGGAGAGUCUCCAUCCGACUUAUUUCAUUCAGAGAUUCACCUGACCAGGUGGAUUCCCUCUACAGACAAACCUAGAACCACAGCUCUGCCUACCCCAACAACCCCGCCUCCUCCAACACCCCCUGCCUCAGCCCCCUUCCAGCUUGUGUUUAGACUGAUCUACCACCUAUUGGUCUUCUGUCCGUACUGCAUCUCCACUGUCCUCAUGGUGUCUUUAUAUCGACACAGGGCCACAGAGUGCAGUGCAGACCUGCCAGUCUCCAUGGUGAUGACCCUGCCCACCCAGGCUGAGGAGGGAUUGGAUGAGGACUAUGAUGAUGUCAUCACUGAUGUCACCACAGAGCAUCACUUCUGA